UUGUAUAUUUUUUAACAAAAUUCGGUUCCCAAUUUUUUAUAUUUAUGACAUGUAAUUUUUUUCUAGCAAUCCGAAUGUAGCGCAGUAUUUGAGUUUUCCGUCUAUAAGAUGUAGCAUGCAUCGUGAACGUAUAAAAAGCAGACCACCCAUACCUGAUACAUUGACAUCAUUACGUAACAUUUUGGAACACUGACAUAAUAAAAAAUGUAUAUAAGGGAAGCUUAAUUACAGAUAAUGAAAAAACUGCAAUAAUUUUAUCCAGCAAUUCUUUACUAGAAGCUUUAUCGUCCGCUACUGAAAUCUAUGUCGAUGGAACAUUUUCUGUUCUCCCACGUAUGCCUCAUAUGGCACAACUCUAUUCUGUACAUAUACGAUAUAUGAAUACAGGCAUUGGAACAUUAUUUAUAUUAUGUGAUGUACGUACAACUACUAUGUAUGAUGCUUUAUGGGACAAAAUUAUACAGAUGGUAUAAUUUUAUUACACAACUUAAAGAAAACGUUAAGUUUAUAAUGAGCGAUUUUGAAAUGGCUGCAGUAAAAUCGCUUAGUACAAAAUUUCCCAGAGCAAAGUUAACUGGAUGUUGGUUCCAUUUCAAUCAGGCUGUGUUACGACAAUGGCGAAAACUACGCCUUUCAAAUGCUCCAAAAACUAUACUUUCCAUGACAAUGACGUUGCCUUUGUUACGGCCAGAUAUGUUUCAAGAAGCUAUGUCUAUUAUACAAAUCGAAGCUGAUAUCCUUUCUUGCGAAUAUCCAGAUAUUUUACAAUUUACAUCCUAUCUGAGGC